CCUGCGACAGCGACGCGACAGGCAACGUCCGCGUGCAACCGAUCCCCGUCCCAGGCAGGCGGCAGGCAGACGCUGCUUCAUCGGGCGUCCGAGUUCUGCGGAGUCUGGUUCGAGUUUGAACGUCAGGAGCGUCUGGAGCGUCUAGAGCGCGUGCUGAGGAGUGGCUGCAGAGCGCGAGGAGAUGUGAUGUAGCUCUCUUGCUCCUUCACUCGGCGUUCGCCCUGUUUCCGGGCGAAGCAAGGGCAAAUUGCAAGAGAUGUCGAUCCACCGGGGCACAUUUCAGUCCAGGAGUCUCAGUGAUUCGGGAGCUCGAGCACAUUUGUGAGGAGAUUCCGCGCUGCCGGCCGGCGCUACGCCGAAUUGAUGAAAUUUUCUGAUUGUUAAGAAGUUGGCUUCUCCGAAAUCACUCUGCGAGCGGGUUUUUGAUUCGCAAUGGGGAUCUUCAGAAAGAAGAGGUUGCCGAGGUCCGAAGCAGCCAUGGCAGAGGCUGCAGACAUGGGUCCCAUACAAUUGCAACUGGAUGGUCACCGUCUAACUUUCGACCAUGGCGAAUGGCAACCGGAGUACGAGGAGAUGCCCGAAGGUGAAGGGGCUAUCGAGGCCGAGUUGUUAGAACUGAGGCGCGAGAAACGAAAAAUGAAGAAGGAGCUGGAGAAGUAUCAAGCACAGAGAGAAGAAAUGAAAGAACUGAAGGAGCGCUGGAACCUUCUGGACUUCAAAUAUCAACUACUUCUAGACAUGUGGACAAUGAGAGAACUUGACAUUAAAAGGGCUCAAGAGGAAGGCUUGACACCAAAAAAGACUCGACACUCGACACACAUAAAUUAGGAAAUGUAAAGCAGGUGCAACCAGAAAAAAAAGCGAGCAAAGAGUACUUCUUUGUGCAAGAAGUAAGUUCAUACUUGGCUUCCUCGGAUUAUGUUAAUGGUAAAUGGAGCUUUGGAGGUGCACAAGCGCUCACUUCAUAGAUUUUAAUAAAACUUUUGACACUGUUACUUUUGAGUUAUUAUGGAAAAGGUUGCAACCAUUGGAAUAUCACCGGAUCUUCUAGUAGCCUAUAUGUAAUACCAUUUUGUUCUGGCCAAGAUGAACACUUUUCAAACUGAAAAGAGUACCAUUGG